UGAUCUAACCAUUUUUCAGACUGCUUUGACCGAAUAUCGAUCGGCGAGCAACUCUCGCCGGACGCCAUCUAUCGGAACAUCACGGAACUAACGACGCGCGAGUGCGAGACGCUAUGCAAGCAAGACAAGCAAUGCCAGACCUUUGAUUACGGGGUUGGCGCUAAAGGCAACGCAACCUGCAACCUCAGCACCCUCGGCGACUCAGACCUUCGCGCCCAAAACCUGAUCCAACGCCACCCUGACUACGACAUCUACGUCCGCAGGGUCCUCUGCGAGCAGAUGGCCCCAAAGCCCCUCCAACCCCAGUUCGGUGAGGAAAACCCCCCACUUCACCGCCCUAUCUUCCGCCCUGAUGCAGAAGAGCCAAAAAACCCCCUAUCCGACGACUUUUCAGACUUAAGGCCUUUUGAAACAAGACCAAACUUUAGACCGCCAAGACCUUAUAUUGACAACGAUAAACCUGAUGAUUACGAAUCAAACCCGAGUUUAGAUUACCCUCCUAGUUACGGAGCACAUAGGCCUCCUGAAAUACCGUACAGACCAAUCAGACCUUACCCUGAACCUAUUCGACCUGAUCCGUAUAUGCCUGAGAGACCAUGGGUAAGACCAGAUGACCCAUAUAGACCACAACGACCAAGACCAGAUGUACCGUACGGUCCUGAAAAACCUUUAAGACCAGAAGAUUAUAGACCAAUAAGGCCUAAUGACCCUUAUGGAUCUGAUCUAAUACCUAAUGAUCCUUACAAGCCGGAUAGACCAUUAAAACCUGAUCCUUAUAGACCUGAAAGGCCAGGCUCAUACAGACCUGAUGAACCAUACAGACCUAGUUAUAAUAGGCCUUAUAACCAUUCACGUCCAAAACCGGAUCCAUAUGAUGAGCUGCAGUUCCAAGGGGGCCACGGAAGACCAAAACCAGAUCCAGGUUAUUGGAGACCAGACCCUAUCUAUCCGUCUUCACCAAACGAUGAUGUUCCUGAUCUAUACGGACCUAAGCCAGUAAGACCAGAAAGACCUCCAUAUAAACCAGAAGAUCCUGAAUAUCACUUUAUUGUCAGACCAAAUAAGAAACCAAAGCCUCAACACGAAUACAAUAAACCUGCUGAAGACCCAUAUAAACCUAAUAAACCUGACUAUGAAUCAAACAGACCUGAUCCUUACUCAUCGAGUAAACCUGAUCCAAUUGAAGAUAGUGGUUACGGAAAUAAACCAGUUCAAGAUUAUCCAUCAAAACCAAAUGAUAGGCACAGACCUAAACCAAACCCAUAUGGUCCUGGGCCAAUAGGACCACCAAACGGACCUUACAGGCCAAACAGACCUUACUAUGACUAUCCAUCAAGACCUAUAAGUGAAAAACCUAGUUACAGUUACCACAGUCAAUACGCUAGUGGUUACGGUCAAAGUCAAGAUAAUUCAAUCUAUUUAGAAAUAUAUGACCCUCCAAGACCUUAUAAGCCAAUGAGACCUUUAAACGACAAGCCAUAUCCAAGCCAAGGUUAUGGUCAUCAUUCUUAUGCUCCUCCUUCUAACAGUCACUUAGGUUAUGGUCCUGUAGAAUCAGGUCUGUAUGGUCAGAAUUAUAACAUACCUGGAGACGAAAGACCUGACCGACCUUACGGUCAAAGUUCUUAUGGAAGUCCGAAUCAGAAUUUUGACCAAUCUAGUGGUUAUGGGCACCAAAAACCUCAAAAUUCUAAACCAUCGUAUGGUAGCCAAGGUUCUUAUGGUCAAAACGAUUUUACUGGUGACCAUGGUGGGUCAAUCUAUGGUGGCAAUCGACCAUCUCAUGGUCAAGAUGACAAACCUUAUGGUGUUAAUGAUAGACCUUCAUACACCAGUCCUAAACCUUCUUAUGUCAGUCAUGACAGUCCCUCUUAUGGCAGUACUCAACGACCACCUUAUGGAGAAACUCAAGAAAAACCGUCCUAUGGAGCUCAGACUCCAUCUUAUGGUAAUCAAGACCCGAACAGACCGGACGCAAAUGACAAACCUUAUGGGGACAAUCAUAAUGGUCAAAGUGAUUAUAAUCCCAAUCAGAAGCCUAAUGAGACCUAUAGACCUGAUGUUAGACCGGUUUAUGAAUAUGAACUAGAAAAACCUUUAAAUGUGCCUAGUUACAUUGUGAAACCUAAUGGUGAUGUAAUUACUUCAAAACCUGUGACUGUCGGUGAUUAUGGGAAACCAGGGUAUGAUAGACCAGGAUAUGGGGAUUCAAGCCAUGAGUAUAAACCAGAAUAUGGCAAACCAGGUUAUGGGUAUAGCGAAAAACCAGGGUAUGGCGAAAAACCACAUUAUGGUGGGUAUGGAGACAAGCCAGCUUAUGACAGACCAUCGUAUGGAGGUAGCAAUAGCUAUGGCUCUAAACCAGAGUAUGGGGAUAAACCUGGAUACGAAAGGCCAGAGUAUGGUGACAAGCCUACGUAUGACAGACCUAUGUAUGGAAGUGGAGAUGGUAAUAGACCUGGGUAUGGGUCUAAGCCAGGGUAUAGUGACAAACCUGAAUACUAUAGGCCAGAGUAUGGAGUUAAGCCUGAUUAUGGUGGUGGAGAUGGCAAUAGACCCGGGUCUAAACCGGGGUAUGAUGACAAACCUGGAUAUGAUACAGAGUAUGGAGAUAAACCGGGGUAUGGAGGAGAUGUUGGUAACAGGCCAGGGUAUGGAGACGCAGGAUACAGAGAUCCAGGGAAGCUGGGCAGUUACAAAGGCCUCGCCAAUAUACAAGAUGUUCACAAAAAAUCCAAGUGUAUAAUGAAUCCUGCUUUGAUGACUCAUUUGAAGACGUCACAUUUUUCGAAAGUGCAAUCCAAUUUGAAAUUUAUAUCGGAAGACUAA